AUGGCAGCCGUUUCAGCACCCACUCCGAAGCUGGAUCGCUACAUUGUCAUCCAUGUUGCUACGACCUGCGAUGAACAUGGCGUCUACGUCACUAAGGAUUCGGCAGAGGUGAUCGAAUUGGGAUGGAUGUUGUUGGAUACGAAAACCUGCGAAGAGUUGCACCGGGAAAGUGUCCUUGUCAAACCUGUCAACACCCCGAUCACGCCUCUCUGCACGAGCUUGACCACUCUGACAUGGGAGCACGUCCGCUCGGCAGGUACCUUCCGCGAUGCCAUCAACCGUUUCGACGCCUUUGCCCAAGAACACCUUCUCAGCAAGAACCUCGAGUUCGCCUUUGUGACCUUGGACUCGUGGGAUCUCCGUGUUCAACUGCCUCGAGAGGCCAGAGACAAGGCCGUCGUUCUCCCCCCGUACCUCCAGCACUCGCGUACUUUUGACCUUCGCACCGAGUAUCAAAGAUGGCAAACCCACCACCCCGAGUCGCUGCCUUUUGGCCCUAGCUCCCUCUCCAACAUCUGCGCCGCUCUCGAAGUCGAACCCGUCCAGUCCUCCGCUCCUAUUAAACACAACCUUCCCUUCCACUUGCAGGCAUUGGCCCCCGCCUCUCCUCGACGGGCCAUGGAGGAAUCCAUCACACUCGCUCGUGUGCUCCGAGGUCUGAUCCGCAAGUCCCAACCCCCGCAUGAGCACCCGGAGAUCUUGACCCGUCCCAUGGAUGCCAGAGCCGACGUUCGUGCUUUCUUGACGGAACGCAGCAAGGUGCUUCACCUGAGCGGUCUCCCGCACGAUACCACUCAGUCGGAAUUGGAGAGCUGGUUCACUCAGUUUGGUGGCCGCCCGAUCGCUUUUUGGACUCUGCGUACUCCGGACCAGCACAAGCCCACUGGAACUGGCUUUGCUGUGUUCUCAUCCCAUGAAGAGGCUGCUGAAAGCCUCUGCAUGAACGGCCGUGCGCUCAAUGAGAAGGCCAUCGAGGUCUCUCCCUCUUCCAGCCGCGUUCUUGACCGUGCCGCGGAGAUCCUCACUCCUUUCCCUCCCUCUAAGAACCGCCCCAGACCUGGUGACUGGACCUGCCCGUCCUGCGGAUUCUCCAACUUCCAGCGCCGUACGGCUUGCUUCCGCUGUUCGUUCCCUGCCAUGGCUGCGGCCCCCGACCCGAUGGGAUAUGGAGCCUAUGGCUACGGCCCGCCGUCUAUGAUGCCUCCUCACAUGGGCCACGGUGGUCACGGAAUGGGCCACUCUCGUGGCAUGGGAGGCAACGGUGGUGUUGUUCCUUUCCGUGCUGGUGACUGGAAGUGUGGUUCGGAAGGAUGUGGCUACCAUAACUUCGCCAAGAACAUCAACUGCCUGCGUUGCGGUGCUCCUCGCUCUGGAGCAGCCGUUGUUGCCGACUCGGCCUUCCCGUCCCCCAUGGACCCUCCCUCUGGUUUUGGCAUGGGCCCCAACUCCAUGACCAGCACCCCGGCCCCGGCUCCUUUCGCAUCGACUGCCGGUGGUUUCGGUGGUUUCAGCCAGCAGUUUGGCGGUCCCCCUAACAACUACGCCCUGCCCUCCGGUUUGGGUAGCGCUCCGGGAGCGUACCCCCCGAUGGGCCAGAUGAACGCUGGAUAUGGGUCGACAAACACUUCCCACUCGGCUGCUGCUUCCUUUGCGAACCCCGCCACGCAGGCUGCCUUUACCGGAGCCGAUCACGGUACAUCCAGUGCCUCGAACGGUGCUUUCUACGGCAACGAUGGAUCUAGCGAUCCCUUUGCUUUCCUUUCGACAGGUCUCGGUGGAUUGACCGUGUCCGAUGAUGGCCACCCUCGCCGCAACGGCGCCGGAGCUAACAAGUCUCCCGCAGCAUAA